AAUUUCGCGAAGAACGUAUUUGGGAUAUUGACGUCGAUAAAAGCUAGGGAGGAAGGUUAUAAGCAGCAGCCAGAUACACACGGCAAUGCUGAUCAAAAGGGUCAGCAACAACAGCAACAGCAGCAGCAACAACAACAACAACAACAGCAGAAACCACAACAGCUGACUGCUUACAACAGAUACGAUCAGGAACGCUUUACAAAGUCGAAGGAAGCUACCGAGGGCUUCAAGAUCGACACGAUGGGCACGUAUCACGGCAUGACCUUGAAGUCGGUGACAGAGGGCGUGACGGCGCGCAAGGCUGCGCCCGAGCCGCAGCAGAUGCCCAACGCUCAGCAGCAGGCGAAACCCGUCUCCAUCGCCCGACCUCCCGCCAACGCCAAGCGAGGUUCCCGCACCCCCAUCUUUGUCAUACCGGCAGCCACCACCUCGUUGGUGACCAUGUACAAUGUCAAGGACAUGCUGCAAGACUUCAAGUUUAUGAGUACGGAAGACAAGAAGAAGCAGGGUGCUAAGCGUGAUAACGAGGUGCUCAUCCAGCGACGGAAAGACGGCGGCCUGACGGUGCCUUACCGAGUCAUCGACAACCCCCUCAAACUGUCCCCCGAUGACUGGGACAGAGUCGUUGCUGUGUUCGUGCAAGGGCCGGCCUGGCAGUUCAAGGGCUGGCCGUGGAAUGGCAAUCCAGUGGAAAUCUUUGAUCGGAUCAAGGCGUUUCACAUCAAGUGGGACGAGCUUCCACUUGACGCCAACGUGGCGAAGUGGUCGGUGCACAUACUGCAGCUGAGCAAGACGAAGCGGCAUCUAGAUCGCGCGUCGCUCAUCAAGUUCUGGGAAUACCUAGACAAAUAUAUGAUUAAAUACAAGCCACACUUGAGAUGGUAGCAGGCCCAUCCAUCCUUGUCAUCUGUUCCCCUCUCCAGCACGCAGAAGAGCCGCAGUUGUAAAAGCCUUGGACGUUUAUCUACCAAUUUUUGCACUGCACUGGUUGAUGUUCAAGGACAACAAUGGGUUGCCUGCACACCAAGAACACUGUGGCAGUGACCUGCUGAUAGACUAAGCUCUUAGUUAAGGAGCAAACACGUGUGAGAUUCACCAAAGGCACAUGUAUUUCUUCAUCUUCGAAAAAUUCUGUUGAUUUUAGUCGAUGCUGAGUACAUCCCAGCCAUACCCUGCGAGUCAGACGUGAAGUGGGGUACAGGGGGCAGGUCGGAGCGUGAGGGCUGUUUUCUCAAUGACAUUUUUUCACGAGUAGUGUGUUGUGGUGACAGGGUAACGAUUGUAGGGUCACUUGCGCGAGUCUGUGUUGUGUCAAUGUUUUCAGCCUUAUAAUUGUAUAUGUGUGUGAGUGUGCGUGCGUGCGUGCAUGUGUGCGUGCAUGCGUGCAUGUGUGCGUGCGUG